AAUCGUCACCUCGCGUUGCAUCACGGACGUAUCGGCCAUUUUACCGAUCAUAAGACUUUGAUCCCGACUGGUCAUAAUGAAAUAAUCGUCUGUAGCACUUGUAUUCCUGAUUAACUGACUACAUGAGGUAUACGGAAUCUUUUGCACAGGACAGCAAUGGGCAAACGGAAGGUGCCAGAUCUCUACAGAGCCCCUUUUCCCUUGUACGCCAUAAAAGUUGACCCUAAAGCAGGGUUAGUGGUCUUAGCCGGAGGAGGAGGGUCUUCCAAUACUGGCAUCAAGAAUGGUGUGCACUUCCUGGAGCUACAGUUGGUUGGGGAAAACCAGUACAGUGCCAGCCUGCUUCAUUCACACGACACUGACACACGUGCCACCAUGAAUUUGGCAUUAGGCGAGAGUGUGAUUGCUGCAGGUCAAGAUGGAACAUGCUCUUUGAUGACAUUUGAAGACUGCACACAGAAAAGUGGAGGCAAGGCUGCUGCAAAUGAUGAAAACAAUGUGCAAAAAGGUAAUGCCAGGCAGCGAGCUGGGAAAAGAAACAAAGGUAAAGGUGGAAAGGAUGAUUCCGCUCUCUCUGGGUCUGAUACGAAGGAUGAGACGGCACACAUCUCUGUGACGGGACUGGCUGAACUGCAGUCAGAUCUCAACCCUUUGGACCCACUCCAAAAAGUGGUUAGAUUUAGUCAUGACCUGAGCCUACUCCUGACAGGAGGCACAGACGGACACAUCAGAGUCUGGGAGUUUCCAUCCCUGAAGAAAAGGCUUGACUUCAAAGCACAUGAAGGAGAGAUUGAAGACCUGGAUCUGAGCCCAGGAAACAAGCACCUGGUUACUGUUGGCAGGGACUUUUCUUGCAGUGUAUGGCACCACAACCAACAAGUUAUGGGUCUUAAAUGGCAUGAAACCAUGCCUCAGAUAGCUGAAAAAACAUAUCGGUAUAUGGCUUGCAGAUUUGGAAAGGUAGAAGACCAAAAAGAUGCACUGAGGCUUUACACAGUUCAGAUCCCUCAUAAACGAGACCGAAAACCUCCACCUUGUUACCUCACCAAGUGGGACGGCAAGAGCUUCCUACCCAUGUUGACGGCUCCCUGUGGGUCAGAGGUCAUCUCAAGCCUUGCUGUCAGUGACUCUGGAACAUUUCUUGGACUGGGAACUGUAACAGGAUCAGUAGCUAUCAACAUUGCUUUCUCCCUUCAGAGGCUGUAUUACGUGAAGGAGUCUCAUGGCAUUGUUGUGACAGACGUGGCUUUCCUUCCUGAUACAUUCAAAGGCCAAAAUAUCAAAGGAAACAAUGAAACAGCCAUGUUUAGCGUGGCUGUCGACAGUCGCUGUCAAAUACAUGCUGUCCACAACCGAAGAACAUUUCCCUUCUGGCUGGUGCUGUUCUUCUGUGGCCUUGUGGUGGUGGGAAUUGUGCUGCUCCUCCAGUAUCUCUUCCCAGGCUUUCUUUGAAUUUCGGCAUUCUAACAAAUUAUCCAUUGAGGAGGUUGGACACAUCUUUUGCAGUCUUCAGUCCAUCCAACACAUCCAAACCCACCAUUGCGGCACCACUGACCUUAAACUGUUUUUAUGGUGCCCUAACAUGUUUCCCUAUGCACCUUACUUAGGGUUGUUCAUCUCAGAUGUUAGCACAACAUGGAUGACCAAAAUGGGAUUUUAAUUCUUUUGAUUUGUAUCAGUGAACACAUUUCUUGGGAAUUAUGUUGAAUGUUCAAAGUUUGGGAACCCCAUGAAAAAAUAUUUAAGGAUCAGUGUAACUGUAUGAAUGAUUGACAUAGACAGUGAUGUCUUAAGAUACAAGUGACCCGACAUCAUUCGGACAAUUUUUUGCCAUCACUUGGAAGCACGAGCGGUGUCUGGUGGCAAUGAACUCAGUUGAGCUUACGUCACACUAUGAGCUGUAGCUUGGUAAAUCGUGUGCAAUUCAUCCCAAAGGAGGCUUCAAGCUGUUAAAGCUCAGAGGAUAAAUAUGUUAAAAAUGUUCUUGAUAACUCUAGAACCCCUUUACAAACCACAUCUUGCAUUUCAAAGUGAUUAUAUAGCAGAUACAGUAAACAGCAGUUAAAUCGAUGAAUAUGAUUCCGAAUGCGCCUUUUGCUUUUUGCAUCUGGCACCUUCCGGUCUUCGGCUCCAUCUGGUGCUGUGACGCUACACUAGCCAAACAGCCUGUUCAUUCGGCGUUGUGUGCUAUUGUUCCAUGCUGUUGUUCCCGUCCUUGUAUAUUUGUUAUCAUAUGAUUUUGGGAUUUCAUGAUGGUUUAUUGCGUGGCAUUUGGUUGUACAAAUGGUUCAGGCUUUAGCAAGAGUUUAUUUUGACUGUCCAAGUGAAAAAAGAAUACGUGGAUAGGAAAAGUCAAUUGACAGGGGAAGAAAAGUGCUCAGCUUUGGGUGCCUAGCAAGCAUUCCAAACUCUGUGCUGAUCACUUUGAACCGGCAUGUUUUGAGAAAGACUUAGCAGAAAGCAUUGGAUGCACAGAUGUAGUUAGGCGGAGGCUGAAACCAGCUGCGGUGCCAACUAUUUUUCCUACGGCCAUCGGGACCAGUGUGGCCACAGUUACCUUGAAAAAGUAACCUUGUUACUUUACGGAUUACUUGAUUGUAAAAGUAACUUAGUUACUUUACUGAUUAUUUGGUUUAAAAGUAAUUAAAUUAGAAAAAAGUAAAAAAUUUUGUUACAUUCAGCAGCGGCCGACAACACUGCAUGAACAUAAAAAUGACAAUCUUUUUUGGCAAUACUUUAUUGGAAAUGCAUUUUUAACAUUCACGAUCAAUAAUCAUAUUUUUAUGAAAACUAAAAUGAUUGACUUCCCUUACAUAAAUACUUUUUAAUAAAAAAAUAAACUAAAACAGUCUUUUCUUGAUUUAACUUAACAUAAAUAGGCUACUUGUUUCUAUGAAAAAUAAAGACGGUCUUUCUAGACUUCACUUAACAUACAUAAAUAAAAUAUAAAAUAGACUUGACUUCUUACAUAAAUACUUUUUUUAAUAAAAAAAAACUAAAACGACUUUCCUGAUUUUACAUAAAUAGGCAACUUGUUUUUAUGAAAAAUAAAGGCGGUCUUUCUAGACUUCACUUAACAUAGGUACAUAAAUAAAAUAUAAAAUAGAUACUUACAUACUUGUUUUUAUAUGAAUGCAGAAUCUGAAAGUCAUAGGCUGACCUCAGGUUGUCCAUGACUUCCUUUUCUGCAGAGCAGGUCUCGUCUGGCUUUUCCUCAAAAGUGCUACCUGCGUCUCUCAGCCAUCGGAGUUUGAAUUUUGGACAACUGACAGUUGCGAAAAGGGCAGAACCAGUCUGGAUAGCCUGAAAUAUAUAAUUGAUAUGCCUACUAUUUAUUACGUUAGUGAAUUACUUGCAAGCUAUGCCACGUGGGAUCAAUAUGAAGGAUUUCACUUUGUUUUUGUGUUUGUUUCAAUCUUGUUUUUGCAAAAAUAGUGAAUAUUAUGUUCUAUGUUCAUGAUUAAUGAUGCAAGACUUUUUAAGUACCUUAAACAUGGAACAUACCUGCACUAUGGCAUCUGGAAGGCCAUCAGUCAUCCUGGAGAGGGCAUCUUCCACAGCGAGUGUCUUCUGCAUCAGAACUUCAAGUGUGGGUAAUAAAGUCCUAUCAGGACAGUCACCUACAAUACUCAUGCAGGAACUGUUACUCUUUGUCUUUGAAGCACUUAACGCCCAGCUUGGUGCAGAGACUAUCAGCUCAUUAAUGGAUAUUUCUGCAAUUCUCCUUACAGCAUCAAAAAACAAAUUCCACCUUGUGAAUGUUGGUACCAGGAGCUUUCUUUUGCUGACUUCCUCCGCUGUUUCUGAUGCAAGGGUAGAGCUACUUGAUUUGGUCCAAAGAGCUGUGCAUUUUGCUAUGCUGCUCCUAUAAAGUAGCCUUGCUCUUUGCAUUGGUGGUCAAAUAUUUCCCCACAUUACUGGUGGAAAUAAUGUUUAUGGUGUGUGAAGCACACCUGUGGUGCUGGGGAAGCGACAGUUGGCCAUCACCUUCAUUCUCAGCUUGAGAGGAUUUCUGACAGAUCUGAAAAUGUGAUAUCAUCAUCAUCCGCCCGCAACUCCGUCUCAUCAUCGGACUCUGUGACAGGCUGAUAACAACGCCUUGACAAAGUGUGAUCCAUUAUCGGUCACUGUUGCAACUAGUUUGUUUAGUAGUCCAUACGAUGAGUGAAUGUUUUCGAUUUCUGCACCAAUAACAUACGUCUACCGGUAAUUCUUGAUUAUGGCACGAAACGAGGGUGAAUCAACCGUGUUUAAGGGCAGCAUUUCUUCUACCACAAACCGCCCAACCAACCUCUUCAACUCUUCCCCACUUACUGUUUUUGUUGCACCGAAGUCCAGCAUUUGCUGUUUCAGAGGUGGACAUCCAGCAUUAGUACCUGCGGUCAACAGCUUCUUACAACCUGUUUGGAGUUUCAAUGUACUGUGCUGCGACUCCAAAUGUGUUUUUCAAUUAGACGUAGUGUUCUUAUAGCUUGAUAAUACUUUGUUGCCAGGACAUAGUGUACAACGGGCCUUAAUAUUGUCCUCUUUAACUGACAGAAACUCAAAAUUGUGAUUAUACAACCCCAAAUUCCAACGAAGUUGGGACGUUGUGUUAAACAUAAAUAAAAACAGAAUACAAUGAUUUGCAAAUGAUGUUCAAGCUAUAUUUAAUUGAAUACACUACAAAGACAAGAUAUUUAAUGUUUGAACUGAUGAACUUUAUUGUUUUUAGCAAAUAAUCAUUAACUUUAUGGCUGCAACACGUUCCAAAAAAGCUGGGACAGGGUCAUGUUUACCACUGUUACAUCACCUUUUAACAACAUUCAAUAAACGUUUGGGAACUGAGGACAUGAAUUGUUGAAGCUUUGUAGGUAGAAUUCUUUCCCAAUUCUUGCUUGACGUGCAGCUUCAGCUGUUCAACAGUCCGGGUCUCCGUUGUCGUAUUUUACGCUUCAUAAUGCGCCACACAUUUUCAAUGGGAGACGGGUCUGGACUGCAAGCAGGCCAGUCAAGUAUCCGCACUCUUUUACUACGAAGCCACGCUGUUGUAACACGUACAGAAUGUGGUUUUGCAUUGUCUUGUUGAAAUAAGCAUGAAAAAUACGUUGCUUGGAUGGCAGCAUAUGUUUCUCCAAAACCUGUAUGUACCUUUCAGCAUUAAUGGUGCCUUCACAGAGGUGUAAGUUAAGUUACCCAUGCCAUUGGCACUAACACAGCCCCAUACCAUCACAGAUAACACUCUGGAUGUUUUUAUCCUCUUUGGCCCGGAGGACACGAUGUCCAGAAUUUCCAAAAACAAUUUGAAAUGUGGACUCGUCGGACCACAACACACUUUUCCACUUUGCAUCAGCCCAUCUUAGAUGAGCUCGGGCCCAGAGAAGCCGGCGGCGUUUCUGGGUGUUGUUGAUAAAUGGCUUUUGCUUUGCAUAGUGGAGUUUCAAGUUGCACUUGCGGAUGUAGCGCCGAACUGUAUUUACUGACAUUGCUUUUCUGAAGUGUUCCUGAGCCCAUGUGGUGAUAUCUUUUACACAUUGAAGUCGGUUUUUGAUGCAGUGCCGCCUUAGAGAUCGAAGGUCACGGGCAUUCAAUGUUGCUCUUCGGCCUUGCCGCUUAUAUGCAGUGAUUUCUCCAGAUUCUCUGAACCUUUUGAUGAUAUUAUGGGCCGUAGAUGAUGAAAUCCCUAAAUUCCUUGCAAUUGUACGCUGAGGAACAUUGUCCUUAAAGUGUUCGACUAUUUUCUCACGCACUUGUUCACAAAGAGGUGAACCUCGCCCCAUCUUUGCUUGUGAAUGACUGAGCAAUUCAGGAAAGCUCCUUUUAUACCCAAUCAUGGCACCCACCUGUUCCCAAUUAGCCUGUUCACCAGUGGGAUGUUCCAAACAGGUGUUUGAUGAGCAUUCCUCAACUUUCUCAGUCUUUUUUCCCACCUGUCCCAGCUUUUUUGGAACGCGUUACAGCCAUAAAAUGCUGCGUUAAUGAUUAUUUGCUAAAAACAAUCCAAGUUUACCAGUUUGAACAUUAAAUAGCUUGUCUUUAUAGUGUAUUCAAUGAAAUAUAGAUUGAACAUGAUUUGCCAAUCAUUGUAUUCUGUUUUUAUUUAUGUUUAACACAACGUCCCAACUUCAUUGGAAUUGGGGUUGUAUUUCCACCUUGUGUAUGCCAAACUCUCGCCCCCACCCACCCAUUCUGUUUGCGCCUCUGGCUGUUUAGGUACACGUGAGUUGAUUAUGUGCUAUGUCAGAUGGCAUCACUCUCCCAGAGGGCCUCGUUUAUAAAUAUUUCGCCUUUUUUUCGAUAUUGUAAUUAUUUGUCGUGUGCAUUUUAGUUAGGAAUCGUUAAGAAUAUAGUGUGUUUCCUUUGUGUUAUUGGUCAUUACUAAAACAAAGGCUAAAAUCGGUCUACACUUAUGACAUGCACCGUGACUGAAUCAAGUGUCUUGGUUAUUGACUUUCCUCAUAUUCCUUCACACUGUAGUUUGUCUGUAGACGUCUAAGUUGUAAUAGGAUGUGUUAAAAUCCAAAGCAUUUUGAAAUCUGAAUCUUAUAAGCAAAAAAGUAACUAUUUUGGCAAAAAAAAGUAACUGUAAUCUGACUAUUCGUAUAAAAAGUAACGUGUCAAAUUACUUAUGAUGUCAUCGGGCUGCAUUUUUUGAGUAACGCGCCAGCAUCACUGAUCGGGACCUCAAACACCAGCAAGAGAACUAAAUCUCACAGCCGCUAAGGUGUAGCGGCGAAGCGGCGCAGACAAGAGGUGAGGAUUUCCUUGUAUAUACGUACGACUCCAUUAUGGUUGUUAUGCUCUGGGCAGUAGGAAAAAAAAGACCCACACAGUACUUUUCAGUGCUGUCGUCUGUACUUUUGUCUAUAUUACAAGCCAACAGAAAUGGCAAAGACUUUGUGUGUUAUAAAGCUACUCGAGCGAGGAGUACACAAUAUGCAGUGGGGCAAAAAAGUAUUUAGUCAGCCACCAAUUGUGCAAGUUCUCCCACUUUAAAAGAUGAGGGAGGCCUGUAAUUUUAAUUUUAGGUAAACCGCACGUAUGACAGACAAAAUAGAGAAAAAAAAUCCAGAAAAUCACAUUUGAUUUUUAAAGAAUUUAUUUGCAAAUUGUGGUGGAAAAUAAGUAUUUGGUCAAUAACAAAAGUUAUCUCAUCACUUUAUUUACCCUUUGAUGGCAAUGACAGGGGUCAAACGUUUCCUGUAAGUCUUCACAAGUUUUUCACACACUGUUGCUGGUAUUUUGGCCCCAUUCCUCCAUGCAUAUCCACUCGGGCAGUGAUGUUUUGGGGCUGUCGCUGGGCAACACAGACUUUCAACUCCCUCCAAAGAUUUUCUAUGGGGUUGAAAUCUGGAGACUGGCUAGGCCACUUCAGGGCCUUGAAAUGCUUCUUACGAAGCCACGUUGCCCGUGUUUGGGAUCAUUGUCAUGCUGAAAGACCCAGCCAUGUUUCAUCUUCAAUGCCCUUGCUUAUGGAAGGAGGUUUUCACUCAAAAUCGAAUGAUACAUGGCCCCAUUCUCUCUUUCCUUUACACGGAUCAGUCGUCCUGGUCCCUCUGCAGAAAAACAGCCCCAAAGCAUGAUGUUUCUACCCCCAUGCUUCACAGUAGGUAUGGUGUUCUUUGGAUACAACUCAGCAUUCUUUCUCCUCCUAACACAAGUUUUUACCAAAAAGUUAUAUUUUGGUUUCAUCUGACCAUAUGACGUUCUCCCAAUCCUCUUCUGGAUCAUCCAAAUGCUCUCUAGCAAGCUUCAGACGGGCCUGGACAUGUACUGGCUUAAGCAGGGGAACAAGUCUGGCACUGCAGGAUUUGAGUCCCUGGCGGCAUAGUGUCUUUGUUACUUUGGUCCCAGCUCUCUGCAGGUCAUUCACUAGGUCCCCCCAGAACCAUUCUUGAGAUAAUUUUGACACCAUGGGGUGAGAUCUUGUGUGGAGCAAGUAAAUUAUGGAUUUAUGGGACGCACAAACAUACCAGUCUGCUACGACCUCCUGAUCGGCUGAAACGUACGGUUCAAAUUCAGUUGGGUGCUCCUGUAUGUCGAAAUCCUCCUCAUAUUCCAACACGUUGCUCGCCAUUGCAUAUAGAUUGUAGCGUGCCGUGUUUGGCAAUUGCAACGUCCCUUCCAGUAGCCUUCGCGGUGGAUAGAGUAACUACACCCCGGUGUCUCCAGCUUCGCGUAUGUUCGGGGAGUGCUCAAUACGUGUAAUAAAAACCUAAUUUUUAGCUAAACAAGAGUUGACAACUUGGUGAAAAUGACGUGCAUGUAUUACAUAACAUAGACAAUGCAAAUAUGAAUUUUAACUGACCCCAUAACAUCUUUGUCCUCUGACCUUUAAUGCCACUCCGUUUGUUUACUGUCAAAGUAAACCUAAAACGAGAAUUACACGUGUAUUCAACAUUGGCUUAAGAAUGCUAACAUAUAAAGGAAAAGGCCAUUGAGAUGCUAACAGUUAGCAUUGAUAGUCAUAUUUUAGAACUUGAGAAAUGUAUACUUGAAACCAAAUGGUGGAGCAACACAUGUAGACAGAUAUUAACAGGCAUAUAUUCUUUAUCCUCUAUGAAAAAAAUACUAAUAAUAGAGCAUCUUACUGAGUCAUUCAGAGUAGAAGUACUAUUAUGAGUUUGUCUGGAUGACUAUUAUGCUGCCUCCUUGUGGCACACCAGAAGGAGCAGCACAAUGAAAUGAAAUGCAGCAUUAAGUCAUGAUGCAUAGUUUAAUUUCUUAUAUUCUAUUUAUUACACUGUUUAUAUACAGUAUAAUAUUAUAUAUUCUAUUUAAUUAUUACACUGUUUCUAUACAGUACAAUCUGAUAGAUUGCUAUUUUUAUUAUUUAAAAAAAUAUUAAAAAUGUGGAAUGUUUUGGGCAGGAGGCUGGAACUGAUUUAAUGGCAUAUCCAUUCGUUUCAAUGAUUUGAGCCUGGUCACAGAAUGAUUUCAACUUGUAUCUCAAGGCACCGCUGACCAUUAUAUAUAUAUGUGUGUGUGUGAUUUAGAUCUUGUUCACUCAAGAGACCUUCAUUUAUAUUUCUGUACACUAGUGGGCAGCAUAGUCAUUGUACAGCCGUCUUGUCAAGGGCUGGUUGCUAAUGUAUUUGGAAGUGUCCUUUUCCACAAUAUACAACUAUAUUGGAUUGGUGAAUUCUUAAAAAAAAAAAAAAAGAGAGAAAAUACAGUUGUACGUUUUA